GCGUGGUGGAGUAUAUAUAGAAUCUCGCGCACUUUCCAUCUUCAUUUGCAUUUCGCUUCUUCCGCGAGCAACAUUUUAUAUUCGUCGAGAGGAGGGAUGACGUCUAAAUUGGCAAAGGUGGUCGUGUCUAUUUUUCAAGUUUUGGCCAUUUUGACUGUGGUCAAAGGUCAACUGCACAUUGUUAAACUCAUUAUUCUGGCAGUUUUUGGACUCGGAGGACUUGUCCUGUAUCAGGCUGUUGCUUCAGGCAGUCCACUUAGUCACAUUUCUACCGCCGUGGGCAAACGGUCGGUGUCCCAGUGGACACGGAUCAGCAGACUUGGGUCGGCGCCGUCCAUCGCGAGCGCUCUCGAGCUGGACGAGAAGGAAUGCGCCCGGUUGUACCUUUGCGAGAUGGCAAGCUCGCGGCAGCUGCCCGACGACAAGAUGCUGCCCACCCAUUUACGUGCCAAAUCGGCGCAGGACGAAAUCGCGCUGGCCGAAUUCAGAGCGGCUGCCCGCUUCGGAGAACAAAACCAAAGCACGGAAAAAUGCCGACAGCGGUACAAAAAGUGUCCAUUCAAGAGCAUGCGCCAGAUGGAAAGGGUCAUUAGCCAGUACCAAAAUUUGUGAUCAAAACCAUUGUUAACAUCAGUCUGUGUAUUUAUUUGUGAUAUUGCUCUAUUGUGAAAAAAUAUAUUUUUAUCAAAC